UUGAGGCUGCAAAUGGAGAAAAAAGAAGAGAAACCAAGAAAGAAUGAGGAGGAGGAGGAGGAGGAGGCGGGCCAGAGGCAUCAACCUCCAUAUAUUUCUGGCAUGGAACCCGUUCAGAGGGAAGCAUAUGGUGGUGGGUUGUACGGAAAAGAAGAGGGCCAGCCCAAUAGACCCACUGGAAAUCCACCCGCUAGCUCUACCCAAAGUGCAGAUGGUCCAGAUGAAGCCACUAAAAAGCCCCCACCUUCCUCUGGUGAUCGUGACACUGAUAUCACCGGUCAAGCCUACCUUCAGUAAAAUAAGUUUUAGACAAGAUGAAGACUGAAGACGUACUGUAAUUGUGACGAUGUUAAAUGUAUUGAAUAAAUUUUCAAGGGGUUGGUUGUCGCUUUGAUUGAAUUUACUCUACUUUUAGGAGUUAUAUGCGAGUUACAAUUUCCUGGAUUUGAAUAAUACAAUAGGAGAUAUAUGCGAGUUACUUUUAGCCAGGAGUGAUCCUUGAAUUUUCAAAGUUUGGCAUCAAUGAUAAAAACCAUUAGUCCU